AUGGAUAUCAGCCUCCGAUCCAGCCAGUCGUCAUACGGUGACCCUCGAUACUUGUCCACCGCUACCUUUUCCGAUGCCCACGUACCCUCACCCCUAGGGAAAACCCUUGUCGACGGCUAUCGGGAUGCGGCUAAUCCUCAGAAUGAAGACCGGGCGCGGUACAAUCCGCUCAAUCCAGCUCACCCACGAAGCUCCGCACUUGUCAACACCAGCGACCCUGUCACCAUGUAUUUACUAGCCGAGACCGCCAUUGGCGAUAGCUCAAAUUACGAGAUCUUGUCAUUCGAAGAGGUGGAAGCCCUCAAGAAAGAGCGGUCGCUCCUGUCCAGCCGAAUCGAAGGCACGAAGCGCAGACUUAACCUCGAGACCAAACUCCGCGACGCCGCUCAAUCUAUCGGUCGAUUAUACAGUCCGCCCAGUCCCCGAAGCAGCGCUGAAUAUGACGCCAACGGCAAGUCCCACCGGAGGAGCCGGAGUAUCUUUGGUCGGAGCGGGACAGCCCAGGUUCUUGAUAAGAGUGACUCGGAGCUCGCCAUGAGUCAGCGCAAGUGUGAAGAGUUGGCGCAAGAGCUAUGGAAGCUCGAGCAACGGUCCCAACAGAUCAACCAGCGAUUACUGCAACACACCGCGGGUGUCUUGCAGAUGACCCACAAGGGAUUAAGGAAGACCCCGAAGAACCCCGAUGCGCAGGCUUCUGACUCUUACGACGGAAAUGACUUUGACGAUCGCCAUCUAUACCGAACACCGGAGCACAUGGAUAAUUACGGAUUGUUCGGACGCAUCGAUACCAACCCCACAGCUUCGGGGGACAGUGAGGCCAUGCAGGCGACGGAAAAGCGACUGGACGAAUUGAGCCAGCGCAUGUGCGACAUGAUGAUCCAGUCUAAUCCGGAUGAGUUUGUCGACCCUCCCCCACAACCAAAUGACUCCACCAACCCUGCACAAAAUAUUGAGGCGCAUUUAGCCUAUAUUGAAAACAGCAUGAACUCUCUUGCUUCCCGAAAUGCGUACCCGAACAUCGUUGGUCCCGGUACUGCACCCGAGGCUGAGGGAGCAUGGCGACAACACCUCACAGUGAUCAACACGCGGGUCCAGAGCAUCGUCGACCGGUUUGGGCUGACUCGAUCUCCGACUUUGCCACCUCCUCCUAGCGCAACAGAUGGCGAAGGAUUAGAGGAGCAACUUGGAUAUCUUCAAACCGGUAUCGACGGCUUGGAAAGCCGUGUUGAUGGUCUGAUAGAGCAGAAAAGCAUCCUGACCACCCAAAUCCAGCAGCAGCGUGAACUAAACUCCAAGUCUGAUGCCGAACGCGAUGCCCACAUUGGUGAUUUGACCGAGCAGCUAGCUCAUAUGCGCAGAGACCAUGAAGCUUCUCAGCGCGAGGGCAAAGCUGCCCAGGAUGAGCUAGCUGUGCUGAUGGAGCAGCUCGAGGGAAUGCGCAACAACGGCUCUACCCAAGAAGAGGCGAAGGCUGCCCAGGCGCAGGCUGAAGGAGAAGUCGCUCGCUUGCAUAGUGUUGUCGACUCUUUGCAAAAUGAGGUUGACAUCCGUGCGCAAGAGGCCAUGGAGGCUCGCGAACGUGCAGACCAAUUAUCCGCUCAGCUGGAAGCCAGUGCCAAGCAAUCCCGCGAGGAAGCAGAUGUUCGUGUGCAAGAGGCCGUGGCAGAGGCUGUACAGGAGGCUAUCGAUCGCCGUGUGCAAGUGGAGAAUCAGCUAGCAGCGGCCGAAGUGCAACGUGCAGAGAUGGAAGCCCAGCUUGGACAGGCUGAGGAACGUCGUGCUGAGGUCGAAUCCCAGAUCGCACAGGUUGAACAGCGUCGCAUCGAGGUUGAAGAUCAAUUUGCUGAGGUGGAAGCCCAGAUCGCAGAGGUCGAGGGACGUCGUAUUGCGACCGAGGAGCGCUGUCAUGAGGUCGAAUCCCAGAUCGCUCAGGUCGAGGAGCGUCGUUUGGAAGCCGAAGAACGUUGUGUUGAAAUCGAGGCCCAACUUGCGCAGGUCGAGGAACGGCGUAUUGAGGCUGAAAAACGUUGUGUUGAGCUCGAAAGCCUGCUCAUGCAGGCGGAAGAGCGUCACGCUGAGGCUAGCCACCAAGCCGCACAGGCUGAACAACAAGCUUUGGCAGAGAAACUUGCUGAGUCCGAAGAGAAGCGAGCCGAGGCCGAAGCACAGCUUGCACAAGUCGAAGAGCUACGUGCCCAGGCGGAGGUAAAUGCACAAAAUGCGCAUAAUGAGAUGACCAAUCUUGAAGGUGAAGUUGUCCGGAUCACGACAGAGCUCACGAUGGUCAAGGCAGAGCUGGAUGGCGCUUAUGGUACCAGAGCCCAGCGAGCUGCGGAAGUGGCUCUCAACCCUGAAAUUCAAGCAGAGAUUGAUGCCCUCAAUACACGCAAUCUUGAGUUGGCGGAGGAGCUCGCUGAAUUGCGAGGCAAGCAGGGUGGUGGUGACAUUCAGAGACGCGCUGAUACCCUCGAGAAGGAGCUUCGGGAGACGCUAGAUGAUUACGAGGCUAUGACUAAGGCCAGCAUCGAGUUUGAGAAGGAGCGUGAGCGGUUCGAAAGUGUUGUUGAUAGUCUCCGGGAUCGGUGUGAGCAGUUGGAGACCCAACUCAGCGAAGAGCGCAUCAGCUGGAUGAACCUGAGCAGCCCGACAACAAUGGGCCGCGAUCCUACCAUGGAGACAACCUCAACAAUGGUACUGAAGAACGAGUUCAAGAAAAUGAUGCGCGACACUCGAAACGAAAAUAUGAAAAUUUUGAAGGUCCGUUUCUUCCCAUUUCUAUGGAGUUUGAGCGAUACUAACAUGAAUAAUUCAGGCGGAACAAGAGGAGCGGCGUAG